GUUCAUGGCAUUAUAAAUGGUGGGGGCAUCCAACACAGCAGACACAUUGAGUGAGAACUUAAUUAGAGAUAUAGAGCAAUGGCAUCCUCAAUGAUCUCCACCGCCGCCGUGGCCGCCCGCUCCGCCCCUGCUCAAGCCAGCAUGGUGGCUCCUUUCACCGGACUCAAGUCCGUCUCCGCCUUCCCCACCACCCGCAAGACCGCUGACAUCACCACCAUCGCCAACAACGGCGGCAGAGUCUCAUGCAUGAAGGUGUGGCCCACUGAGGGACUGAAGAAGUUCGAGACAUUGUCGUACUUGCCACCACUAACAAGGGAGCAACUCUUGAAGCAAGUCGACUUCCUUAUCCGCACUGGUCUCAUUCCUUGCCUCGAAUUCGAGUUGGACCCAAAGAAUGCAUUCCCGCACCAUGAGAACAACAGGUCCCCAGGAUACUAUGACGGAAGGUACUGGACAAUGUGGAAGCUGCCCAUGUUCGGGUGCACUGACCCAGUCCAGGUCCUCAAGGAGCUCGAUGAGGCCGCCACCCAACACCAGGAUGCCUUCAUCAGAAUCAUCGGAUUCGACAACAACCGUCAGGUGCAGAUCGUCAGUUUCAUCGCCCACAGGCCCCCGGGCUACUAAGCAUUUUAUGGUCCUUUUCGAAACCAUGGAUUUUAUUUCAUGAGGACGACUUGUUUGUAUAUUUUCAUUUAUUUUUUGUACCCAAUUUGUGAAUUUCCUUAUUCCGUUUCUAUUCUGGAUUCCUAUGGAAUAGGAUUUGAAUGUAUGAGGAUAAAUAUGCAUCAAUAAUCAUUGUUUUACCCAAUAAA